GACACAUUACCAAAAAGUAACGAUCAGCCACCAAUAAUUUAUCACGCAGAAGAAAAAACAAAAAAUUUUCCUUUGAUAAUGAAAGUGGAAUGCAAUGAAGAGGAGAUUGUGGCUUUUUUGGAUGAUGGCCGUAAGGUUGAUGAUGAACUGAAAAAUAAGAGUUUGGAAAGUAAAGGAUACGAAACACAAGUGGUAAGUUUAAGAGAAUCAAAAAAAGAGGCAAAGGAUGAUCUAAAUUCAUUACAGGAACAACUUUUAGGAAAAAUUAGAGAAUUGGCAGAGAAAGACACAGAAAUUGUUUCUUUACGAGAGCAAUUGACUGAGUUGUUGGAGAGAGAACUAGAUGAUUUGGAAGUUGAUGAGGAACAAACAAAAAAGGUGCGUCGACUUUAUAGGCAAUUCUUUCAAGCAAAGGAAACUCAAAGUAAAGAUGAGAUUGAAAAUGAGAUUGGAGAAAUUAGGAAAGAGUUGAAAAAAAAUAGUGGAGCAAAAAACUCACGGGAUGCUUGUGAGAAAUGUAAGCAAUUAGCUAAAUUGGAUGUGCAAUUAGAGCAACAACAAAAUGAACGAGAGCAACUGCGGGCUUCUGUUUUAGUUACACCUCACGAAGCAGAAGAAAAGUUCAAAGAAAUUGUUAAAGCUUACGAGACUUUGUGUGAUGAAAAAAAAAGAAGAGAAUACGACGGUGUUGAGGAAAUAGAGGAGGAAACAAUAGUUUUAAGUGAAAAAAUCAGACGUCGGUUAGUUAUUCAGCAAUUUAUUGGAUUGAUUCAUAAAAACAUGCAUGAUUCUAUCGGUCAUGGUUUUCUUUCU